ACACACACACACACACAGUCAGUCACAUCACGCCAUCGGAAUCUCCGCCAGCUGCGCAGACUCAGCAGCCCUCACAACGUCACAUCAGGGUUUUCCGUCGCCCGGUCUGCGCGGCUUUAGUCGACUUAUUUAUUUAUUUGCACGUUAUAUAAUACAGACUGACUUUAAAGACACACAGUCGCACACUGAUCGUCCUCAAGCUACUAGCGCACCCAAAGCAGUAAGUAACGUUUCUGCCGAUAAAUGCAUGUUGUAGUGCCUGCAGGGGGGAGUGUGUCACUGUGGCUUUGUUUUGGGGGACAAAACAAUCGGGACAAUGUAGUCUCUGCAUGCUUGACAGACUUUCCGCUAAAUAAAGAAGCAGAUUUUUAUUAGAAAUUACAUAGCCUGAAUGUGUGCAUCUGUGAUUGUGUGUAGGACAAAUUCAUGUUUAUUUGACCGCCAGCUGGUCAGCAUGAAUGGACCUUUCGCCCUGUUUUUGUCCAAGUCCAGCACACUGAUUUCCUUUUCCUCCUGUCACACGUUUUGAGAACAUGCAGUAAUCAUUAAGGUUAUAAAUCAGGGAUUUUUUUUCCUUACGUUUCACUACUGGCUGAAAUUAAAGCAAAGCAAGUCCUCCUGACAGACUUGAAGUGACAGAGCUGACCAGGAUCUAUCUGCUGAGCCUGUGCCCCGCACUGAGGCAGGCCUUUCCAAGCAGACGGACUCACAGAUACGCCAACUGUGUCAGCAGCCUGUGGCUCAAAGAGCAGCAGCAGCAUCCAACACUGCAUUCACACCGUCUUUCCCCAUCUUCCUCCUCCUCCUCCUGCCUCAUCUGACAUGGCAGACCCCAACCUCACGUCGCCCUCUGGGACUCCUCUGCGCUCCCCUGACACCUCUCUCACCCUCACCUUCCCCUUCCUGAGGGAGGGAAGUCGAGUAUGGGAGGAAGGGAAAGAGCUGCCACUGCCUAGGGAUUUGCCCAGCCCCUUACCAACCAAACGCACCCGCACCUACUCAGCUACAGUACGUGCUCACUCAGGUCCAGUGUUUAAGGGUGUGUGUAAGAACUUCUCAAGGUCACAGGGUCACGGUUUCAUCCGACCCUCCCACGGUGGCGAAGACAUCUUUGUUCACAUCUCAGACAUUGAGGGGGAGUAUGUCCCUGUUGAGGGCGACGAGGUCACAUACAAAGUGAGUCGGGUCCCACCCAAGAACCUGAAGGUGCAGGCAGUGGAGGUGAAGAUCACACAUCUCAACCCAGGGACUAAACACGAGACCUGGUCUGGGCAGAUCAUCAGUUCUUAGGCCCCGGGGGGAGGUGGUGCCAGGGAGGGCUGGGUGGGGGGGAUGGUGGACCCUUGGUGGGACUGAUAAUUUACAUUCUGUGCAAAAAAAACAUUUUAUUAAAAUCAAGUUUUACCUACACAGCAAAGUGUCCAGAGUAAACAAGUGUCCACUCACAGUGCUGAUACUGUCUGUUCUGUUCAAUCCGUCUGUCUGCUACGCUGAUAAAUUUGCUGUGUAGGAGAAACCGAGCAUUUAUUCAUUGUUAGGAAGAUGUGUUUUAUUUAUUUAUGUUUUUGUUAUGACGGCAGUAAUAAAAGUCAGAUUUGAGGUGAGAAGAUAAUGGGUAUGGGAAGAGCUCGGCCUCAUUUUGUAGGAGAGGAGAGCAACAGACAAAGCCCUGAAUUCAGUUUUACUUUCUUGUUAUCCUCUUGUGUACUUGACCAGAUUUUCCAGGAUCACAUGUUGAGUUUGUCAUGAUGUUAAAGCUAUUUUUUCAGUGCAGGGGUUUGCCAAGAUGAGAUGAAACUUUGAUUUCAGCAAGAGAGAAAAGGGACAUAGAAGCAAGCGGUUUAGGGAACUGACAGUGAAGAGAUUUAAAUGACUGUAUGGCUGAGUGAAAGAAAGUUGGAAGGGCAGGUUGACAAUCCUUAGAGCAGUAAAUCACAAAUCAUUUUUCAUUGAAUUGACAUGAAAUGAAAUGUAUACAAUAACAAAAAAUCUCUAAAACCAUCCAUGCCUCUAUGUUUGCGGUCUUGACAGGGCAUAACUCUUGAGAAACCCUCAUGGGUUUCACAUCACAAGCUCAGAAACAUUACCUUAGUAAACAAAAAAAGAGGAAGUUUUAUUUUGAACUGCAGAUGGGAACUGAAAGUGGAAGUGAAAGUUGGAAGUUAUGAAUUUAUCAAUAAAACAUAGAGGGAGAAAACAUAUCAUCAGACACAUCAGACAAAAUAAAUUCAUGGAAGAUCACAUUACAGCAAGGACAUUUCAAAAACACAGACUAUAUAUGUUACUGUGAAUGAAAGCGAUUUUCCUGAAAAAUGCAUAUGCUUGGUUGUUGUCUUGUUUGUGGUUAAUUAAUACAGAUUAUUUGUUUGAUAACUUUUUUAGAUUUGUGUGUGUCCUCAGAUUAAGCUCUAUAUUUUGAUCAAUACGGUCACUCACUAUGAAAACUGUCACAGCGACCCAGAUGUCACAUUCAGGUUUUUCUCAUUUUGUUGUUCUGUUUGACAGCUCCUGUCCUGAAAGUUUCUGGAGUCAUGAAUCGCUGAUUAUUGGAAAAAACAUGCAUCUGUGUGUGGUUUAUUAAGUGUAGUCAGUGUGAUUGUGAACUAUAUGACUAUAGUCAGUGCCAAUAGAGAGCAUUGUCACAAAAUGUUUGUAAUUAUUAAGUUUUUGCUCAGUUGUGUACUGUACUGUUUGUCAUUUUCUAUUAUAUUUGUUCAAUCGAAUCUCUGUGCAUCUCGUCUUUCUCUCAGUGCCACUGGCUGCAUUUUUCAUCAUUAGAUUUUGUUUAUUUCAAAGUGCACAUUCUUUUACCACAGUGGUGGUGCUACACAUGAUUACUUCUGCCGAGCCUUGAAAGAACAUUAAAACAUUUAAUAACU